CGAUUAUGAAAGAUGCAAAUGUGUCCGAGUUACUGAAUUGUUGGGGUCAUAGGUUGACAGAGGAAAUAUAAGCUCUAGCAUUAUUCAUGUGAAGGUUAAGGGUGGGCUAGCUCUUUAUUCGUUAGCUAACAUUAGCAAAGUGGAAUGGUAGCCUGUGUGUUGUCCAGGCCUUUUAAACACGUUUAUUUGCUCCAGAUGGACCUGACCAGCUUCUCUGUUUAAGUAGUGCAUGUUUAUUGUUCAAAGAGACUCUUAGUUUAAUGCACUUCAUCUUCUUGGCUUUAACUAUCAAACUUAAGGGUUGUAAACACUCCAGUGUCCACCCCCCUGGUACCAUAGUCUGUAUCCAAUAUCUUACCAAAGAAAGGAUGCCAUAAGUGACACUAAAUCGCUUGAGCAUGGCAGAUAGAAAGGGGAAACCAGCAGCUCCACUGAAAACACUCACAAAGAAGGAACAAGAGGAGCUCAAAAAAAAGGAGGAAGAAAAAGCAGCAGAGGUGUUUGAAGAAUUUCUGGCUUCAUUUGAGACCAGCGAGAAAAGCAGAGUGAAAACUUUUGUCCGUGGAGGUAUUGUGAAUGCGACUAAAGAGGAGGAAGCAGCAGAGGUCAAGAAAAGUAAGCUCUACCAACCUGCUACCAAGUUUGUCCACGUGUCCCAGCAUGUCUCACCAUCAGCUGAAAGCAAAAAGUCUACCUUUAAAAAAAAGGCAGAAGAGAAAAAGAAGAGUAAUCUCGAACUAUUCAAGGAAGAACUUAAGCUAAUACAAGAAGAGCGUGAGGAGAGACAUAAAAGGAAGAAAACUGACUCCGGUGGAGGACAUUAUGGAGAUCUGGACACGCCUUUAUCAGGACGAUCAACGUUAUAUGAUGACCUGACAGUGCCAACCACCACUAAUCUCUACAUUAACUGCAUAAGUCCAAAGAUGAAUGAAGAAAUGCUCUGUAAAGAGUUUUGCAAGUAUGGUCCCCUGGCCAGUGUGAAGAUUAUGUGGCCCCGAACAGACGAGGAGCGCUGCAGAACCUCUAACAGAGCAUUCGUGGCCUUCAUGACACGGAAAGAUGCGGAGAGAGCCUUGGCUGCACUAGAUGGUAAAGUGAUUAUGGGGUUUGAGAUGAAGCUGGGAUGGGGCAAACCAGCUCGCAUCCCACCUCAGCCACUAUACACGCCGGUGGGAGUGAGAGUCACACCGCCGCCGCCGUCCGGCCUGCCUUUCAAUGCUCAGCCCAGGGAUCGCUUCCGCAAUGACUUCACCAAGCCGCUGGGCAUGUCUAAAAAAGAGCUUGACAAGACUCUGUCCGAAGCCGUAGUCAAAGUGGUUAUCCCAACCGAAAGGAAUCUGUUAUUCCUUAUUCACAGGAUGAUAGAGUUUGUGGUGCGUGAAGGUCCAGUGUUUGAAGCCAUAAUCAUGAAUAAAGAGAAAAACAACCCACAUUACAGAUUCCUUUUUGACAACAAAAGCCAAGAUCAUGUGUACUAUCGCUGGAAGCUUUUCUCCAUUCUUCAGGGAGAGUCCCCAACAGAGUGGAGGACGACAGAUUUUCGCAUGUUUCGCGGAGGCUCUUUGUGGAGACCACCUUCUUUAAACAGCUACUCUCAGAGAAGUGAAGAAAGGCAAGAGGAAGAAGAUGAUGUUUCCCAUGAGGAGGAGGUGAAGAAAGGGCAACUCCGAGCCGAGCACAGACAGAGGCUGGAGAUGUUGCUUAAGGAGCUCGCUGCUGGGAGAGAAGACAUUGCCAAUGCCAUGAUGUUCUGUCUUGACCGAGCGGACGCAGCAGAGGAAGUAGUGGGACAUGUCUCCGAUUCCUUCUCCUCGCUCCAGACGUCCCUUCAGAAGAAGAUCGCCAGAUUGUACCUUGUGUCAGACAUCUUGCACAAUUCAUGUGCCAAAGUAGCCGGUGCCUCGUAUUACCGGAAAUAUUUUGAAGCAAAGCUGCCACAGAUCUUUGGAGAUCUUAACGCAGCGCACAAAAACAUACAAGCCAGGCUGCAGGCUGAGCUGUUUAAGCAAAAGGUCAUGAGUUGUUUUCGAGCUUGGGAGGAUUGGGCCAUUUACCCACAGCCUUAUCUAAUCCACCUUCAGAAUAUCUUUCUCGGCUUUGCCAAAGCAGGGGAGGAGCUAGCAGAGAUGGCAGAGGAAGUAUCCUGUGAUAUUGACGGUGCACCAAUGGACAGCACACCUAUAGAUGGCAUACCUUUGGACAGAGCUCCUGUGGAUGACUUGGAUGGCUGCCCUAUGGGCUGGGACCCUCUGGAUGGAGUCCCUGUUGAUGACAUAGACGGUAUUCCCUUAGGGGUCACCACUGAUGACAUUGAUGGGAUGCCUUUGGAUGAAGGCAGUGUUCCUGUCUCAAGUGUGCCUUUAUCUAAGUGGGAGAAGACUACUGAUACUGGGGUGUUUUCUCAAGCAAAGACUGAAUCUAAGUGGGACACUGUGGUGGAGCGAGACAGCGGCGAUGAAGCAAACGUGAGUGGCAACUCGCAAGACGAAGACUCGGAGAGUGACAGCAGUGCCGAUUCCUCCAGUCUAUCGAACUAUGACAGUGCAGUUUUUCAAAGCUCGCUCAGAAGUUUUCAGAUGUCUGAGAGCAAAAGGAAAAGGCUGAGAGAGCUAGAGGUAAAGGUUAUGAAGAUCCAAGAUGAGCUGGAGUCUGGCAAAAGGCCGAGGAAGUCUGGAAUGAGCUUACAGCAACAAGUGGAGCACUACAGAAACAAACUGCUACAAAAGGAGUUUGAAAAAGAUGAAGAGAAGAAUGAGAGAUCAACAUCAAAAUCCAAAGAAAAGUCCAAGGACGACAGGAGGAGCAAAGAAAGGAGCAGAAAAAAUGACGAUGGGGAUAGAAGACGUAGUAAUGACCCUGGACACCAGGCCCGAAAAUCAAGGAGCAUCUCUCCUUUAAAGUCUCCCAAACGGUCCAAACGUUCCCGAUCACCAUCUCCGGACCACAAGGCAGGCAAAUCCAGGUCACGGUCACCCCGUGGCUCACACAAGAAAGCAAAGAAGAGCAAACAUUGACUCAGCUCUGCAGUGCGUGCUCGUGUCCACAAAGUAACACAGUGCACUUCUGCAGCGCUCUUUCAAACAGACCAACACGUCUGCUCUGUCAUAACUAAAACACUCCAUGCAAGAUUCAGUACACUUUUAUAUGAUGAAGAAUGAACACUGUAAUUAUAUUUAUUUUUGUUUUAAUGUUUGGUUUAAAACAAACAAAAGUCGCUGUAAAGUUCGGACACUAAAUAAAUCACCUUUGGUGAUGGAAGCGUGUGUGUAAGAUGAUUCGUGAGAAAAAGCAUCAAAAUGUUAAGUUAAUGACUUGUCGACAAGCACUCUUUUAGUUUGUGUGGAUUUUUAUUGAGGAAAGUAAUAGAGCAUUUGUUUACAAAAGCAUUAAGUAUGCAAUGUUACACAGUAAAUUUACACAACUGUUUUAUAGAAUGAAAUGUGCUUUCAUUGAACAAAGAAAUGUAUCAAAAGUAUUUGACCCAAUACUGGUUCUGAAACACAGAUUUAAGAUGCCCAGCCCCGAUCAUUAGUAGCCACACAUCUCCUGCACUGAAAAUUUUGUUAUCUGCUGAAAUGUCUGAUAAAGUGAGAGGAAAGCUUUAGAAGUGUAAUUUAGAAAGCAAUCUAGACUCUGUAGGCACGAAUAU